AUGUCAAAACUUGCUGAAAUAAGACUUUUAUACGAGACUAAAGUAAACAAGAUAGUUCCACAUCCAAUUUUUGAUUCUCGAGAUUUACCUAAAGUUAAAAGUGAUAUUUAUUUAUACCGGGUCUUAGAACACAGUCAAAAUAAUGUACAACAAGCCGCCGAUAUGCUGUACAACAUAAUGGAAUGGAGAAAAACCAAUAAUGUUAAUGAUAUAAGUGAAGCUAAUGUUGAUUUAGAUAUUCUGAAAGAUGGCUUAUACUUCACUCGUGGACGAGAUAUAGACAGCUGCUUACUGUUUAUUAUGAAUUCCAAAGCUUAUAUUAAAAAUCACAGGGACCUUGAAGGGGUGAAAAAAGUUUUUAUAUACUGGCUAGAACGCCUUGAAAGGGAAGAGGGUGGGAAGAAAGUCACGUUAUUUUUUGAUAUGGAUGGAUGUGGCAUAAAUAAUAUGAACUUACACUUAUUUAGCUACAUGAUUAAUGUUCUUAAAUGUUACUAUCCAAAUUUUAUUAACUAUAUAAUAAUUUUCCAAAUGCCGUGGAUAUUAUCUGCAGGCUUUAGAAUUGUUAAGGAGAUGCUGCCAGCACCUGCUAUUGAAAGAUUAAGAAUAAUAAACAAGGAUAAAUUAAAAGAUUUAAUUGCUCCUGAACAGGCCUUAGUAAGUUGGGGGGGAAAGGAUAACUAUAAAUUUGAAUUUGUGCCUGAAAAUCGAAAUAUUGGUACAGUCAUAAUUGAGGAAGAUGAUAAUUAUUCUCUUGGUGAAAUGUUAAGAAUAAAACCGCCUAAAGUUUUGCUAUUUGAAACUAUAGGUCAUAAAAUUUCAUCACAACUUAUAAUAACAAAUAUGGAGGAAGGUAUUAUUGCGUUUAAAAUACGUACUACAGCCCCAGAAAGAUACACAGUCUGUCCAAAGCAAGGCAUUUUACCUAAACGUAUUUCUAAGAGUAUAGAUAUUAUAGUUCUACCAGGGUUCGACUUAAGUUCUGUAGAGAAAGAUAGAUUUUUAAUUUUAUCAGUUAAUGUGCCAAAAUUGGAUAUGCCACAAACAGAAUUGAGACAAAUUUGGAAAAGUGCUGGAAGCAGCAGCAUUGAUGAAUACAGGCUUACUUGUGCUGUGAAAGUACAAAACAUGAGUGUAAAGAAUGUUGAAACAAAUUCAUUAAAUGAAAUAAAUAGUAGCAUGGAUAAUGAGUAUAAUAGGAUUCAAAAUAAUCUUAACUCAUUUAAUAAAUAUCAAAUUCUUAUUAUUAUUAUAAUGUCAGUUUCAAUAUUUAUUAAUAUUAUUAUCUGGAUGAAUAUUGGCAAAAAAUGUACCAGACCGUAG